GCCCAUUAAUUUUCUGCUUUACCGGCAAACAAAAUGUUUCGUAAUCAGUACGAUAAUGAUGUUACUGUGUGGAGCCCUCAGGGCCGAAUCCAUCAAAUUGAAUAUGCUAUGGAGGCUGUCAAACAGGGCUCAGCUACGGUGGCCUUGAAGUCCAAGAGUCAUGCAGUUCUAGUUGCCCUCAAGCGAGCUCCUUCAGAGUUAUCAGCUCAUCAGAAGAAAAUCCUUCCAGUUGACAGUCACGUUGGUAUUUCAAUAGCYGGUCUCACUGCAGAUGCCAGACUGUUAAGGUAUACCAAGUAAACCCACAAUGCAAUG